AUGUACGUCCAGCUUCCAUUCGACGAAUUACGAGUGGAUCUGACGCAGAAAAAGCGAAUCGCUUACUUCUACGAUGCUGAUGUUGGCAAUUAUGCUUACGGUGCUGGGCACCCCAUGAAACCUCAUCGGAUAAGAAUGGCACAUCUGUUGAUCAUGAAUUACGGCUUAUACAAGAAGAUGGAAAUCUACCGAGCCAAGCCGGCAACAAAGCAAGAGAUGUGUCAGUUCCACACCGACGAAUACAUCGACUUUUUGUCGAGAGUCACUCCUGAUAAUUUGGACAACUUCGCUAAGGAGCAAAUCAAGUUUAAUGUCGGUGAUGACUGUCCGGUUUUCGAUGGGUUGUUCGAAUACUGUGGUAUCUCCGGUGGGGGGCUGAUGGAAGGUGCUGCCAGAUUAAACCGAGGUAAGUGUGACAUUGCCAUCAACUAUGCUGGGGGGUUGCACCAUGCCAAGAAGCUGGAAGCGCUGGGGUUCUGCUAUCUUAAUGAUAUUGUGUUGGGUAUCAUCGAGUUGUUGCGGUACCACCCUCGGGUUCUCUAUAUCGAUAUCGAUGUUCAUCAUGGUGAUGGUGUUGAAGAGGCCUUUUACACCACUGAUCGAGUUAUGACUUGCUCGUUCCACAAAUACGGCGAGUUUUUCCCCGGUACUGGGGAGCUUCGAGAUAUUGGUGUUGGUAAAGGUAAAUACCAUGCGAUCAACGUUCCGUUACGCGAUGGUAUCGACGACGCCACCUAUAAGUCGAUUUUCGAGCCGGUUAUUUCUCAUAUCAUCGAGUGGUAUCAACCGCUGGCGAUUGUGCUUCAGUGUGGGGGUGAUUCGCUUUCAGGUGACCGGCUCGGGUGCUUCAACUUAUCAAUGCUGGGUCACGCGAACUGUGUUAAUUUCGUAAAGCUGUUCAACAUUCCCAUGAUGGUGGUUGGCGGUGGCGGGUAUACCAUGAGAAACGUUGCGAGAACCUGGGCAUUCGAGUCCGGAUUAUUGAAUAAUGUGGUGUUGCCUCUGGAAUUGCCCUACAACGAGUACUUUGAGUACUACGGACCAGACUACAAGUUGGAUGUUCGUCCGUCGAACAUGUACAAUGCUAACUCACCGGAGUUCCUCAACAAAAUCUUGACCAAUAUAAUACAGAACUUGGAACACACCAAGCAUGCGCCAUCGGUGCAAAUGCAAGAUGUGCCGCGAGACCCCGAGGAUUUGGGCGAUGUUGAUGAAGAUACGGCCGAAGCGAAAGACACCAGAGGGGGGUCUCAGUUUGCUCGAGAUCACGAAACAGAAAAACCGGGGGAAUUGUAUGACGACGAUGAUAAAGAUAAAGGGGAGAAAAACAUCACGAUCACCGAAGCUGAGCAAAUGGAGAUCGACGAACUUAAUCAAGAGGAGUAG